GCAGGAGAGGCCGCUAAAGAGCUCCGGGUGGCGGCAAGUUCUGGGCCACGAGCCUCCUGGGUCCGCUGCUCCUGUCGAUAGGAGUCCAGGAGCAGAUGACAGUGCAUAACCUAUACCUCUUUGACCGCAAUGGUAUUUGCCUACACUAUAGUGAGUGGAAUCGGAAGAAGCAAGCUGGCAUUUCCAAAGAAGAGGAGUUUAAGCUGAUGUAUGGCAUGCUCUUCUCCAUCCGCUCGUUUGUAAGCAAAAUGAGCCCGCUUGAUAUGAAGGAAGGCUUUCUCUCCUUCCAGACCAGCAAAUACAAGCUCCACUAUUACGAGACGCCCACUGGGCUCAAGGUGGUAAUGAAUACAGACUUGGGCGUGGGCAACAUCCGAGAUGUGCUGCACCAGAUCUACAGCUAUAUUUACGUGGAGUACGUGGUCAAGAAUCCACUGUGCAGCUUGAACGAGACGAUCCAGAGCGAACUCUUCCGCAGCAAGCUGGACACCUUCGUCCGGAGCCUGCCGUUCUUCUCCGCUCGAGCUGGCUAGUUAAUUUUUCCUUUGUAUUCCAAGGACUGCAUUUCCCAUGAUGCAUGUAGACUGAUGUCAGAUGGUAAGCAUGGCAGUUUCUCUACAAGACAAAGCCACGCUUGCCACAAUGCACUUCCUUGCCUGGGCCAAGAAGCUACGCUUGGAUAAUAUUCAGUGGAUUCGUUUCUGUGGUUCUCCCACCCUCCCAAAAUGGAUUUUUGGCUCAGUAUCUGUUUUCUUUGUGUAUUUCCCUUGGUCUUUGUGACCAGGACAGCCGCUCUUCAUUGGUGGGGUUGUUUCUUUCUCUCUUAUACACAAUAUUUUGCCGGCUCGAAUUUGUUUCUUUCCACUUCUAGAUGUUUUCUUUUUUUGCUGCAUUUCCUACACCUCCCCCCUCCCCAAACCCCUCUAUUUAUAGACAGCCCCUUCUCCUUUUCCAGUUGAGUGCUCUCCCAGCCUGGACAGGAUGUCUCAUGCCCAUGGGGCUGAUUGGUCACAAAAGGAUGCAGCAGCUGCGUGUCUCUUCCCCCCCCCCCCAUGUGUCUCACCAAAAGCUGAGUGAGCAGCAGCAAUUCCGAUUUCCACCGCUGGGAAGGGCCAGUGAGCACAAGGAGUUUGGAAAUGGCCCGCGCUUUUUUUACGGAAACUGACUUGCAUGAAUUAAGUGGCAGUGAUGCACCUGGAAUGAGCUUUGAUUGGCCUUACAUAAUUUUGGUCUCCUGCAGGUAUUGGGGAGAGGGUGCCACUGUAGGUUUUUUGAGUUUUGCUGAACCCCGUUGCCAUCUUCCCUUGGCCUCUUCCGGCUUGCAAGGUGUGGAAGCGCCCUGGUUAUCCCGUCCCACUUUCCUGUGUGGUGUCAAGAGAGACAUGGUAGAUCAAAGCUGUGCCUGUACCAUUAAAGGCGAAAA